AAUAUAACAAAACACCUCAAAUGUCAUAUUUUGCAUCAAUGUGGACGUGUUUUCCCAUAUUUCAGUAAGUGAAUUAUUCAAGAAUUAUGUCUCUGAACUAAAUGCCACGCCGAAUUCAAAUAUAUCAAGAAAACCAUAAAUCACAUGCCAUUUACAAUCUAAAGAAAUCAAAUUUGUGAAAGUACUACGCAAUGGAUACUUUGAAAGCAGAAAUACUAAAGAAACGAAAACAGUUAGAAGAUAGCAAAAUUCUGAACAACAAAAAAUACUUUCGUAGAGGAGAAUUGGCAGCCAAGGAACAAGAAGAAUACUUUGAAAAAUAUGGCCACAAGAAAGACUUAAUCAAAUCUGAUAUUAGCGAUCACUUGGAAGACUCUGUAGCAAAUAAUGGGCAAGAACAUUUGGCGCUGUCGAGGCCUGAAGUUAUAAGACGAUUACGCGAACGAGGAGAGCCAAUACUCUUGUUUGGAGAAACAGAAUUAGAAGCCUUCAGAAGACUUAGGAAACGUGAGAUAGCAGAACCGGAAGUCAACAAGGGUUUCCGCAACGACUUUCAAGAAGCUAUGGAGCAAGUGGAUCAGGCAUAUCUAGAUGAAAUUUUAGAAUCAUCAAAGCCACAAGAUAGGGAAGGUAAAGGAGAUGUGCACGUGCCUGACGAAGGAGUAACUUACGAAGAUAUACAGAAAAUGUCUGCCAAAUUAAAUUGCGGAGACAGGGAUUAUGACAUGAAUGUGAUUACUCAGUUUUUACAAUUCCUUGUCAAAAUGUGGGGCAACCAAUUGAACAGCAGGGCUGCUCUUGAUAAAAAUGGAACCAGAGGAAAAAUGGCUAGUGCUACUUACGCCCAAACUAGAGAAUAUUUGAAACCAUUACUCAGAAAACUUAAAAACAAAUCGUUGCCUGAAGACAUCACCGAUAGUCUUACCGAAAUUGUUAAGCAUCUCCUAGAACGUAAUUAUAUAUUGGCUAGUGAUGCCUAUCUCCAAAUGGCGAUCGGCAACUCACCUUGGCCCAUUGGGGUCACUAUGGUGGGUAUCCAUGCCCGUACAGGUCGUGAAAAAAUUUUCUCCAAGAAUGUUGCACACGUUAUGAAUGAUGAAACACAGCGUAAAUACAUACAAGCACUCAAAAGGUUGAUGACUAAAUGCCAAGAAUAUUAUCCCACUGAUCCAUCUCGCUGCGUGGAGUAUGCAAAAAACAAUUAGGUGAUGUGCAUAGAUAUUAAAAUAUUACCACGUAUUCAAUUAUUGUUAUUUAUCAGUUGCAAUUGUGCAUAAAAUUAGAAUCAAUUCACUCUUUAAUGUUAUCAGUAAAAUAACUCACAGCAAUAUGCUAGUUAUUUUUAGUACAAUAUAAACCCAUCGUUUCGUAGCUGUAAAAGAAUUUUAAAAGUCUACAAAUUUAUACACAUACAUAGACUGGAGUUACAUGUAACACUCAUAUGAUUUGAACAUGAAUAGAAAUGAAAUAAUAUUUCAUAUAUAAUGUCUUACAGCCAAUUUGAAUAAUUGUCAGGAACUGCAGAUUGGGUAAUAAAUUAUUUGGUCAUUGCAGCAGCUAGCUCCUCUGAUCUUUUCACACCUGA